CACAUUUGCCUCUUUUACUUUUUUCCACAUCUUCUCUCUCUUUUUCUCUCUUGUACUAAGUAACCUUCUCACCUUCCCACCAUUUGCUGCAUUGCAUCACACUCACUAACGACGAGUUCAUAGGAGUAACAGAAGAAGAAAAAAUGGCUGGAGGUGGAGGUGGAGGAGGAGGAGCUGCAGCACCACCUAAACAGGAAGAGCUUUUGCCUCAUCCUGUUAAAGAUCAGCUACCAAAUGUUUCAUACUGUAUCACUAGUCCCCCUCCAUGGCCGGAGGCGAUUAUACUUGGUUUUCAACACUACUUGGUCAUGCUGGGGACAACUGUUUUGAUACCAGCUUCUCUAGUUUCACAGAUGGGAGGAGGAAAUGAAGAAAAAGCAAAGGUGAUUCAGACUCUUUUGUUUGUCGCUGGUAUAAACACUUUGGUUCAAACAUUUUUUGGGACACGUCUACCAGCAGUUGUUGGAGGAUCGUAUACCUUUGUGCCAACAACCAUUUCGAUAAUCUUGGCUGGUCGCUAUGAUGAUAUUGUGGAUCCUCAGGAGAAAUUUAAGAGGAUAAUGCGUGGAACGCAGGGCGCGCUUAUUGUUGCUUCAUCCCUCCAAAUUGUUGUUGGAUUCAGUGGCCUUUGGCGCAAUGUAGUGAGGUUCAUAAGCCCUCUCUCUGCUGUUCCCUUGGUUGCUCUGUCAGGCUUUGGACUUUAUCAGCUCGGUUUUCCUAUGCUUGCUAAAUGUGUCGAGAUUGGACUGCCAGAAAUUGUAAUCCUACUACUGUUUUCACAGUACAUUCCUCAUGUGAUAAAAGGAGAUAGGCAUAUCUUUGAUCGCUUUGCGGUUAUAUUCUCUGUGGCAAUUGUGUGGACUUAUGCUCAUAUUCUCACUGUCGGUGGAGCUUAUAAAAACGCACAAACUGAGACUCAGAAUACUUGCAGAACUGACCGUGCCGGACUCAUAAGUGGCGCAAAGUGGAUUUAUGUUCCAUAUCCUUUUCAAUGGGGAGCUCCUACAUUUGAUGCCGGAGAAGCUUUUGCUAUGAUGGUUGCUUCAUUUGUUGCAUUAAUAGAGUCAACUGGUGGUUAUAUUGCUGUUUCAAGGUAUGCAAGUGCGACUCCAUUGCCACCUUCAGUACUUAGCCGUGGCAUCGGUUGGCAGGGGGUAGGAAUUAUGUUGUCCGGGAUCUUUGGGACCGGGAAUGGAUCAUCAGUUUCCAUAGAGAACGCUGGACUGUUAGCUUUGACGCGAGUUGGUAGCCGAAGGGUUGUUCAAAUAUCCGCCUUAUUCAUGAUCUUUUUCUCCAUUCUCGGAAAGUUUGGAGCUGUGUUUGCUUCAAUCCCAGCACCAAUAGUUGCAGCAUUAUAUUGCCUAUUCUUUUCCUAUGUCGGUUCGGCAGGCCUCGGUUUCCUUCAGUUCUGCAAUUUGAACAGCUUUAGAACCAAAUUCAUCAUAGGAUUCUCCAUUUUCAUGGGAUUCUCUAUACCGCAAUACUUCAAGGAGUACACAGCAAUUAAGCACUAUGGUGCUGUGCACACUCAUGCUACAUGGUUCAACGACAUGAUCAAUGUCCCUUUCUCAUCAGAAGCAUUUGUUGCUGGUAUUUUGGCAAUAUUCUUGGAUGCAACAUUGCGCAAGAAUGAUAGCCAAACUCGUAAAGACAGAGGCAUGCAUUGGUGGGACAGAUUCAGUUCAUUCAAGAAAGAUACAAGAAGUGAGGAGUUUUACUCUCUACCUUUCAAUCUCAACAAGUUUUUCCCUUCUGUGUGAUUAUGCAUUGGAUUGGACCAUGUUAUUAAAAAUUUAGGUGUGUGAAGUUAUAGAAUAUGUUCCUGCAAUGUCUCUCAUUGUAGGUACUAAAUAUUGUCUAUAAUAAUUAAUAACUUACAAAGGUUAAUUUCUUUAUUCUUC